CAGUCUUAAAGCAGUGUAAAAUCAAUAUCUUUUUCUCAACAAGAAAAUAUUUUUUUCUCUCUUUCCUCAGAAACCCAAAAGCUCUUCCUCAUCUUCUUCCUCUUGUUUGUUCAAGUUACAUACUGAUCCAAAUAUUACUAAAGGAUCACUCUGUUUUUGAAAGUUUACAACUUUUGCCUCUUUUUUCUUGUUCAUCCAAGUCCACUUGGUGGAUUUUCAUUUUCUAUUCUAAAUUGUCCAACCUUUUGGGAAAAAGGGUUCGAUUUUUUUAUUGCCCCUUUCCCAUUUUUUAUAAUUUAUUUCUUGAUUCCUUCCACGGCUGUGUUUUUUUCUUUUUUAAUCUCCAACUUUCCCGGAAAAAAGAAGUGGCUAUAAUCAUGGACAGAAUGCUGGAAAACCACUCACCUUUAUCGUUUAAUGAAGGUUUGGAUAUCCGAUCAUGUCUAUCAAAUCUCAUAUUAACAGGUGGAACGAACACAAUAGACUCCAUUUUCUCACACUGCUGUGGCACCCCAUCUUGUUCGACGGCAACCGCCGGCCCAGUUUUCGAGCCUCUGGGCUCCUCCGUCUACCACAGGCAGAGAGACCUCGUCCAAAAGCUCAGCUCCGAAAACAAGCCCAACGCCGACGUUUCUCGCUUUUUCCAGAGUAACCCAGUUCAGGAUUCAGUCCGUAUGACAACUUUCAUGGCGGUUCCGUACAAGAAGAAGCUCUACAGGGGAGUGAGACAGAGGCAUUGGGGGAAAUGGGUCGCCGAGAUCAGACUUCCUCAGAACAGAAUGAGAGUCUGGCUGGGCACAUACGAAACCGCCGAGGCUGCAGCCUACGCAUACGAUAGGGCAGCGUAUAAGCUCAGAGGUGAGUAUGCUCGACUCAACUUCCCCAAUCUUAAGGACCCAAGAGUUUUGGGGUUCGGAGACUGGACCAAGUUGAAUGCUCUGAAGAACUCCGUUGACGCCAAGAUUCAAGCGAUUUGCCAGAAAGUGAAGAAAAACAAAGCCAAAAAAUCGAUGAUGAUGAAGAAGAAGAAGAAGACUAGCAACAGUACGGAACAUGUUCAGUCCGGUGAGGAUAGUAAAGGGAGUGAUAGUUCGAAAGUUACAACGACGUUCGAUUCACCAUCGUCUUCGUUUUCCUCUUUGUUUUUCGGCGAUAACUUGGAUCAGGAGAUAGUUUCUCCGGCGGUGUCCGAAGAUGGGUUUUGGAUUUGUGAGAAUUCGCCGGCCUCUGUUUCGACUGAAUGUCCUAUGUCAGUGGCAGAGGACUCCAUGUUUGAAGACUGCUCUCUGGCUCGGAUUCCCUCUUUCGACCCAGAAUUGAUCUGGGAAGUUCUUGCUAAUUGAGAACGGAGUUUUUUUCCACCUCAAUCUUUCUGAAAAAAAAAAUUAGUGAAAGCCAUCCUGUGUUUUUUUUCCUCUUCUAUUAGUUUAGAGUUGUAUCAAGUGUAAAGGCUAGGUUUUUGCUGUUGAAGUGAAAUGCUUUUUUUGGAGUAUCUAAUUAGUGGAUUAGUGAAGUUAUUGUUGUGCCUCUUUUUGUAUGAAGGCAUUAAGAAUGGUCUUGUGGCAAUUGCUAAUCACAAGGAGAAGUGUAUGGCCUUUUAAAUAUUAAUAUUACUGCUGAGUAAUUUCAUGAA